AUGGCUGCAAGGUUAGUCUUCGAUUCCAACUUUGGCAGACGACAAAGAAAAGAAAGGGUAUAUAGACAUUUCCAUCACAAUUUUGAAGAGGGGGAAUUUUCAUCUAGGUACAGAUUUUCUAGAGAAACAGUAGCAGAAAUUACAUAUAUGCUGGAGCCGUAUCUGUGCCGCCCAACACUGCGUUCUUAUGCAAUGACUGCACAUGAACAAGUUUUAAUGGCACUGAGAUAUUAUGCGACUGGGGACAAAAUGACAACAAUUGGGGAUACCAUGGGUUUCCAUGUUUCUAGCGUGUCCAGGAGUGUUAGGGAUGUGUCAGCCGCACUGUGUGACAUUGCUCCACAAUAUAUCAAAUGGCCCACAGAUCCAGCAGAGAAGAUGACCAUUAAGCAGGGAUUUUACUCCAUUGCCUCAUUCCCUGGAGUUAUCGGGGCUGUAGAUGGGACUCAUAUUCGAAUCCAGUCCCCGAGAGAAUAUGAACAUACCUAUGUUAAUAGAAAGGGGUUUCACUCCAUAAAUGUCCAGGGAAUAUGUGACCAUACAGGUAAUCUUAGAGCUGUGAUAUUUUACCAACGAUACAUUUUCCUCAUUAGAAAACCCCCUCUUCUUCAAUUCAAUAAUGGCCAAAUGCCUGGAAGUACAUGUGUAGGGUGA